AUGGCUAGUGAAGCAGGAGGUGAAAGAAAAAGAUUGAAAGAAAAUUCUACACAAUCAGAAGGGGGUCCCCUUAUUGACAUAACUGAAUUUUCUGAAGUGGUUGACAGUUUGAAACAAAAAAUGGAUUCAAUGAUGACAAAGGACGACAUGAAAGAAAUGAUGGGGGAUAUGAUAGGUGUGAUAUAUAAACAAGUGAAGGAUGCUUUUCAAUCUGACUUAAAGGAUAUAGUUGAUAAAACGAAUGAGAACUACUUCGAUCUGUUAAAAGCCACAAUAAAAAAUAGUCAAGAGUAUCACGUUGAUUGUGAUCCGCAGAUAUUAUGGGAUUUAGUGAAAAUGGACAUUCGCGGAGAAACCAUUAAAUAUGCGACAAAUAAAAAGAAGCAAGAUUUAAAAAACUUGAAAGAAUUAGAACAAAAAUUAGAAAAUUUGAGUAAUACCAACCCACCCUCUUCUAGAAUUGACGAACAAAUAAGCAAGACAUUUAUAAUAUAA